AUGAGAUCUUUCUACUUCAUCUUCUUCAUGGAAAGUCCUUGCAGUGAUUCUGAGAUCAUUUGCCCGGCGCUGCUUGUGUCUGCUGGAUUCUUAGCUAUGAAGUGUUUUUGCACCGCUCCAUGGAGGUGGAUAUCUGGGAUCUUAGCAAUAUUGUGCCUUUUGUUGAUGGCUAUUUUGGGAAUUGUGUUGAAAAACUAUUCUGACUGUUGUUCUUGCCAGGAAAGAUGGAUCCUGUACAGAUGCAACUGUUACUUCAUUUCCACCGAACCAAAAACUUGGAAUGAAAGUCACAAUUUCUGUCUUUCUCAGAACUCCAUACUUUUUCAGAUGCACAACAGAGAUGAAUUGCACUUUAUGAAAUUAAGUAGAAAAUUUUACUGGAUUGGAGUCACCUACAGUGAAAAACUACAAACCUGGGUGUGGCUGAAUGGCUCUGCUCUCACUCCAGAUCUAUUCUCAUCCUAUGAAACUACAAAUCCAAAGAACUGCAUAGUAUACAACCCAAACUUUGGUGUUCAGGAUCAACCUUGCAUGUGGACACUCUUAUUUAUCUGUAAGCAAGAACUUACAGAUUGCUCAGCCUCGAGCUCAGUUCAUGACGUGACCCGGAUCUUCUGGAACAAGCACACUGCGAGUCUUCCCUGCAUGGACUGGGACAUCUCCCCUCAUGGCAGGUUUUUGCACCACUCCAUGGAGGUGGAUUUCUGGGAUCUUAGCAGUAAUGUGUCUUUUGUUGAUGGCUAUUUUGGGAAUUGUGUCGAAAAACUGUAA